AGUAUGAACUAGUCCAGCAUCCUUUCCAGUGGAGUUUUGUUCUAUUUCUGAAUCAAAACCCAAAAGAAUUGAGACAAACAAAUCUCCCAUUAACAUGCUAACCUUACCUUUUGGAAUCUCUUCUCUCACCGUUAACAAUCUCAAUUUCAACAAACAAUCUUCCCUCUCUUACUUUUCUUGUUCAUCUUCCAGGCUCUCUCUUUCUCAUAACACCUCCAAAUUAGGAGUAUGCAGAGCGAGUCAAGUGGUUGAACUAUUUCCAACAGUGUCUCCUGAGAUAGUUGUAAGGGAGGCAAGGUUGGAGGAUUGUUGGGAAGUGGCUGAGACUCACUGCAGUUGCUUCUUCCCCGAGUAUUCAUUUCCUUUAGAUCUGGUGCUGCGCGUUGACAGGUUGUUUGCUAUGCUAUCUGGAUUGACUGUGCAGCGGCAUGGUUGUAGGAGAAUUUGCUUGGUGGCUGUUGUCAGUGGCUCGGUUGAUCAACCCUUCUUUUUGGGAAGUGAAGAUUUCAAAAUUGGUGGGCUUGAUGGAAUAUUCAGUCUGAAUAGAGGCUGUGUUGCUGGGAUUUUGACAGUGGACACAGUGGCUGACUUUCUUCCAAGGAAGGGACCUCUUCGGCAGAGAAGGACUGGAAUUGCAUACAUAUCCAAUGUUGCAGUUCGGGAGAAAUUUCGAAGGAAGGGAAUAGCGAAGAGGCUGAUUGCAAAGGCAGAGGCAAAAGCCAGGAGCUGGGGCUGCCGUGCAAUAGCGCUGCACUGUGAUUUGAACAACCCAGGGGCGAUAAAACUAUACAAAGGGCAGGGUUUCAAAAGUAUUAAGGUUCCAGAAGGAGCAAACUGGCCUCAGCCCAGGACCUCUCCAGAUAUCAAGUUCAGCUUCAUGAUGAAGCUGAUAAACACUCCUACCUCUGCUUAGCUUCUUGGGCACAGGAAAGCAAUUGUUUAGGUUUAAAAAGUAAAAAAAGAAGAAAAAGAAAUGAAAAUGUAGAAAUCUAAACUAGUUUGUCAUAUAUAUUAAUAGUAUCAUCUGCAAAUGGUUUGGCAGCUGCUCUGGUAGCCUUCAAGUA